GGUAACACGCAGCCAGCUGCCGACGAUCUGUGACAGACAGCGACAAGUGACCAGUGCCCGAAGCAAGCAAGAAAGGCACACAUUCAGUUAUGAAGAAGCAAGCUCCUGAGGCAGAGUCCGGCAGCGGAACAGGGGAUAAAUCAGGUACGCCAAGAUCAACGGGCACUUCAGCUGAACACUCAGAGAAGACUCAGUCUAAAGAUAAAUCCCAUGAAGUCUCCGGUACCGGGUCCGCGAUCGCUACUGAGAGACCGCCUGCGGCUCCUGGCGCGACUGUCGCCGCAGACUCAAAAGAGGACGAGCAGGCAAACGGCGCACGAGUCUGGGUGCCCCCGCCGUUGGACCUACCUUCGCCCCCUCCGUUGGAUGUGGGAGAACCUCUACAGGCAGCGCCGGAGCUACCACCGCGGUUCGAUUUGGACAUGCCACUUCCGUCUGCCCCGGAAACGCGCAGAACAUCUCAGGAUAAGCCCGUAGUUGACGAACCAGUGGUACCGAAACCCAGAAGAGGCGUAUUUAAGUUUCCUUUUUUCAAGACCGGGGGACCUUCUCCAGCACCUCAGCAGGAGGAAAGCACGACCACCACGGCCGAUCCAGCGUUGAGUUCUCAGAUGCCAGUGUCCGUGUUCCCAGAUUCUGCUUCGAGAACGCCCUCGUUAUUUUCCAGGAUUACAGGACUUUUGAAGAAGCAGCCACCAGCAAUGAAAAACACUCUCGCAACCAUACCGGAGGAUCACACGCCUGGAGAACCAGAACAGUCAACGCUCAUCAAGCAUUCAGUCACAGGCCAACCGUUCCGUGAGCAGCCACCAGUGCAAGUUUACCAGGCAAUGGCUGACACAAAGGUGCCAGUUGGCUGGAAGUCUCCUUCUGCGAGAUCUGGCUCCAGACAAGCAAGUCCUUUUCGACAGUCCAAGGAAGCCAGUACUCAAGAAAAGUCCGACGUAAGCUCCGGAGAAAGCGGCAAAGCUUCUGCUUCACCUGGUUUCAAAGAAGUACCCGAUGCCGCCAAGGCGCCAGCCCCACCUAUAUUCAAAAAGACAGCAGAUGAAUCCAAGUCCAGCAGCUCCGGAGCUAGUGGAAAAGCUUCUUCUUCACCUGGUUUCAAGGAAGGAUCCGAUGACUCAAAGGCGCCAGCCCAACCUGGAUUCAAGAAAUCACCGGAUGAAUCCAAGUCCAGUGGCAGCGCUGGCUAUGCUGGUGGUGGAAGUGGCUCGGGAGUGCAGGAAGCCUGGGUAGCCAAACCAGGAGAGGGACAACUUAUCGCACAUCCGCUCGCUACUGAUGUACCAGAGCCACUGCUGCCUCCUCCUGGAGAAACUGCAGCACAAGCCGCGCCAGAAACACAGUUUGGCGGUGCGGGUGACUACGGCAGGGGUCAGCAUUACUCCUGGUACCCGGGCGAUUCCCGCGUGGAACAUUUGCAGUGGCAGGUGCGCUGUGUCCAACUCAUCCUGACCGGCCUUGUCAUAUUCGUGUUCGUGACCAUCGUGCUAUGUGCACUCAACGUAUUUGGUUGCAGAAAUCCACCAUCGUUCCCGAACAUAUACAUGAUCAACGAGACAACAAGCUGCAUCUCAGACGGCUGCAAAGACUUUGUGUCUCGAUUCUCGGAUACGGCUUUACCUAUGGUGGACCCGUGCGAAGAUUUCUACGAGCAUGUCUGCGGUGGAUGGCUCCUCAGGACUCAGGUUCCCCUCGAUGCUUUCGAUGUCAGCAUUUUCUCCGAGACUCGAGCGGCGCUAAACGACGAUGCCAUGGACAAGCUGAACCACACGCUUGUGUCUUACCGGCGGCAGAACGCUCUACAAAAGGCUGCAGCUUUUUAUCUUGGCUGCCUCAAUAUAGAAAUGCGCAACACGAAGGGAGUCAAGCCCCUCAUCGACCUUCUUCAGAAGCACAACAUUCCUCGCUGGCCAAUGGUGCAAGGCCGUGUCGCGGACGACGUAAUCACCACCCUCGGCCACUUCAUACGAGAGGUGGGACUCAACGCAAUUGUGUCCGUGCGUGUGGGCGUCGACCAGACGGAGAACCAGAAGCACAUCAUCUAUAUUGGAGAACCCGAGUUCGGCGUCGAGCGCAGUGUGCUCAGGGGCAAGUACAGGAGCCCGUACUUCCGCAUCCUGCAUCGCUACAAGGUGUACAUGUACCGCUCAGCGCUCAUUCUCGGCGCCACAGUUGCGGCAGCGGAUCUCAUCAACGAAAUUGUCGCCUUCGAGGGACGCCUUGCUGCUGCUGUGUCAACUUCAAUGUCCAAUCCCACGAAGACCUUUCGGACCAUAUCCCUGGAGUCACUUGAGACGGCAUUACCAUUGGUGAAGUGGACAUUGUUCCUCAACAACAUCCUGAAGGACACGCAGCUCACCCUAGAUAUGAAUGACAAAGUGGUGGUGACCAACCAAGAGUAUUUGCGAAGAAUGUCCCUCAUCCUUAAGGAAGAGCCGCCAUACGUGGUGGUAAACUACAUCGCAUGGCGCGUCGUACAGCUUUUGGGGCCACUGUCCAUUGAUCGGCUGAGGCACGCUAAAUUUCGCUUCGACCGGUAUCGCUACUCGCUCUUCCAGAUACAGCAGCUCUCACGGCAGUGCUUUGACCUCACCUUCAGGUACAUGCGCUUUGCCGUGGGGCGCAUCCUCUACGACCGCGACACGCAGCGCCCCUUGGAACGACAUGCCAAGUUGCAAGAGAUGGCGGACGACGUGAAGGACGCCUUUGCUAUCCUCCUCGAUCUCGUCGACUGGAUGAGCGCUGCCAACAAGAAGGCCGCCAUCUACAAGCUUCGAGAAAUGAAGGUCAACGCUGGUUUUCCGCUGUGGAUCCGGAGUGACACGGAGCUCAACGAAUAUUACUCGUCGAUACCAGACCUCAGGAAAGAGGAGUUCUUUGUGUCAGCCCUCCACGUCAUCAAGGCAUACGUGGUCAGCGAGCUUCGGAAGCUCAAGUUCAUUGGUUACAGGAACGAUUUCGGAUGGGUUCCACUGCAACCACAAGCGGACCCGACAUAUCAGUAUCUGGGCAACUUUAUCAUGCUGCCGGAAGUCUACCUUCACGACCCUUUCUUUAGACUGACGGCGAGCCCGUCUGUAAACUUCGGAGCACUGGGAACGAUCUUGGGACAUUACAUGACCCUCGGCUUGAGCGCUCACGGCGCCUACUACGAUUACAAGGGCAACCUCGACGAGUGGUGGACGCCAAAGAUGCGGCGCGGGUACGCGGCCGGUGCCGUGUGUUUCCGCAAUCAAGCCGACUGGUUUGUGAACCCGGCUACGGGCGAAGCGAUCAAUACUACCGUGAAUGAAGACGUGGUCGUUGCUGACAGCGCAGCAGUCAAGGAGGCAUUUAAGGCUUACCGGGUCUUCAUGACAAGGUACGAAGAGCUGUACAAGCUGAUCGUUAUCCAAGGCAUGGAAACGUACACCCAGGACCAGAUAUUUUUUGUCUCUUAUGCCAUGACAAUGUGCGAGAAAAGCCGUCGCCACGCUGUCUCCUACUACCUCUAUACGGCGCGCCAUAUUCCAAAUCACCUUAGAACGAAUAUUGCUCUGAUGAACUUCGACCGCUUUGCCAUUGCGUUCAACUGCCCUGUUGGAUCGCCCAUGAAUCCGGAUGCCAAGUGCGACGUGUAUUGAAAUCUGUGGUACCGCAGCCGGAAGUUGCACGUUUCUGGCAAAGGCAUUCUCUGUGCCAGAUAUUCUUCCUUUGCUUCAUUGAAUUACUGCAAUUAAAACGGUAAAAAUCA